GUGGAUGUUCCUAUCACGAAGCAGAGGCAUGUCCCAGUCAUCCAGAAGGUGCCGAAGACCGUGGAGGUCCCUGUGCUUGAGUACGUGGAUCACCACGUCCACGUCCCUGUUACGCGGCACGAACAUGUGCCCGUUUUUCAGAACAUCCAGAAACACGUGGAGGUCCCAACGCUGCAGUACGAGGAUGAGGUGGUGCCGGUGCCAGUGCAAAAGCAGGUGCAUGUGCCUAUCAUUCAGAAAGUGCCGAAGAUGGUCGAGGUGCCGCAGGUAGAGUUCGUGGAUCACCACGUGCACAUUCCUGUGCAGCGCCAUCGGCAUGUGACAGUGGAGAAUCGUAGCCAGAGGACAGUUGAGGUACCUCAGAUCGAGUGGAUCGACAAGGUCGUGCCCGUGCCCGUGCAAAAGCAUGUCCACGUGCCAAAGACCGUUACU